CCCAGGACCCUGCAUUCACUAUAUCUGGUCUCCCACAACCCUGCAUUCACUAUAUCUGGUCUCCCCGGACCCUGCAUUUACUAUAUCUGGUCUCCCAGGACCCUGUAUUCACUAUAUCUGGUCUCCCAGGACCCUGCAUUCAUUAUAUCUGGUCUCCCCGGACCCUGCAUUCACUAUAUCCAGUCUCCCCGGACCCUGCAUUCACUAUAUCUGGUCUCCCCGGACCCUGCAUUUACUAUAUCUGGUCUCCCAGGACCCUGUAUUCACUAUAUCUGGUCUCCCAGGACCCUGCAUUCAUUAUAUCUGGUCUCCCCGGACCCUGCAUUCACUAUAUCCAGUCUCCCCGGACCCUGCAUUCACUAUAUCUGGUCUCCCCGGACCCUGCAUUUACUAUAUCUGGUCUCCCAGGACCCUGCAUUCACUAUAUCUGGUCUCCCCGGACCCUGCAUUCACUAUAUCUGGUCUCCCCGGACCCUUCAUUCACUAUAUCUGGUCUCUGCCGGACCCCGCAUUCACUAUAUUUGGUCUCCCUGGACCCUGCAUUCA